GUGAAAGAGCUGCGGUGUCUACUUCUCUGACUCUCAAUUCCUACUACUGCCCACUACAUAUAAUAUAUACUCAAUUCGCUUCACAGCAUACGCUGUCCACUACCGAUCUAUCAGGCUGCUUACUCGAUCUCACCAUGGCAGACUCAAAGAGUGGUACGCCUCGUCCCAAAAAUCAGUGUCGCAUGAGUGCAGCCUAAUCCUGAUAUUAGGGAGACCUCGUGUCUAUUUCGACAUCACAAUUGGAGGCAGACCAGAAGGUCGUGUUGUCUUUGAGCUGUUCAACGAUGGUAACCACUCAUACCUCCGAUACUGCCUUCGCGUCCAUUAACCAUGACUCUAGUGGUGCCCAAGACAGCCGAGAACUUUCGCGCACUGUGUACUGGUGAAAAGGGAACAGGAAAAUCUGGCAAACUUCUGAGUUACAAAGGUGGGCGAUUUAGCGUGUGCUGGGUGGUGAAAUACUGAGACGAGGACAGGCUCAAUCUUCCAUCGCGUCAUCAAGUCUUUCAUGAUCCAAGGCGGUGAUUUCACCGCCUCUAAUGGUACUGGUGGAGAGUCAAUCUAUGGCGAAAAGUUCCCGGAUGAGAACUUUGAGCUGAAGCAUGACCGCCCAUUCCUCUUGUCUAUGGCAAACUCGGGACCAGGCACAAAUGGCUCCCAGUUCUUCGUUACUACCGUCCCCACCCCACAUCUAGACGGCAAGCAUGUGGUCUACGGAGAAGUUAUCAACGGCAAAAACAUCGUCCGCAAGAUUGAAAACCUUCCAACCCAAUCCGACAAACCUGUGAGCGACGUGGUGGUGGCCGAUUGUGGACAACUUGAGGGAAGCGAGUACAGUGCAGCCACCCAGAAAGCGCCUGAUGCGACAGGAGAUCCUUAUGAAGACUUUCCUGACGACCAGGGCGAGCUGAAGGGUGAAGAAUACUACAAUAUUGCCCUUGACCUCAAGGAGUAUGGCAACAAAGCAUUCAAGGGCGGGGACAUUGAGACGGGCAUCGACAAGUACCAGAAGGGCCUGAGAUAUCUCAACGAGUAUCCUGCGGCAAACGAGAACGAUCCCAAAGAUCUCCAGGCCAAUAUGGACUCCCUUCGAUUCACCCUUCACAGUAAUUCAGCACUCCUGGCCAACAAAGCUAAGCACUACGACGAGGCACAGAAGUGGGCUGGGUUUGCAAUUGAUGCCAUUCCCAAGGAUGCCAAAGAUACAGACAAGGCGAAGGCCUAUUUCAGGAGAGCCCAGGCGCGAGUUGCGCUGAAAGAUGCGGACGAGGCUCUAAAGGACUUUGAGCAAGCCGCUAAGCUCGCACCAGAAGAUGCUGCCAUCAAGAAUGAGCUGACCAAGACCAAGAAGAGCUUGCAAGAAAGUAUCAAAAAGGAGAAGGAUGCAUACAAGAAGUUCUUCAGCUGAGAUGGGCUAGCUAUCAAGGGCUUCUGACACGGGCCUUAGAAAUGCACCUGCUUUCUGGCUCCUUAAAAAGAUUCAUUCGUGGAGGUCCCAACUUUGCAUACAAAAUUGGCUCAGGCUCGGCAAAUACUGGACGAUACCCAUGCUGCAUCAAUGACUGUUAUGUCUGGAAAAAUGGGGAUUAAAUGACCAUAGCGAAAGAAAAUGAAAGAAAGUGAUUAAAAUUUUAAUUAAA